CCCAAGCGUUCACUCAGAGCACCUUCCAACCAUUUCCAUUAUCGUUCUUUCUCCUAUCUCCGGGGGCGUUAAAUCUUUAUCUAGUACUUCUCAAUGGCUGCCACCAUGGCCCUCUCCUCCCCCUCCUUCGCCGGGAAGGCGGUGAAGCUCGCCCCCUCGCCCUCCACCAUCCUUGGCGAGGGCAGGGUCACCAUGCGGAAGACCAUCGGCAAGCCCGUCCCCUCCGGCAGCCCAUGGUACGGCCCGGACCGCGUGAAGUACCUGGGCCCCUUCUCCGGCGAGCCCCCAUCCUAUCUGACCGGCGAAUUCCCCGGCGACUACGGGUGGGACACCGCCGGCCUCUCGGCCGACCCCGAGACAUUCGCUAAGAACCGCGAGCUUGAGGUGAUCCACUGCAGGUGGGCCAUGCUUGGUGCCCUCGGCUGCGUCUUCCCCGAGCUGCUGGCCCGCAACGGGGUCAAGUUCGGCGAGGCUGUGUGGUUCAAGGCCGGAGCUCAGAUCUUCAGCGAGGGUGGUUUGGACUACUUGGGCAACCCAAGCUUGGUCCACGCCCAGAGCAUCCUCGCCAUCUGGGCCUGCCAAGUUGUAUUGAUGGGCGCCGUCGAGGGCUACCGCGUUGCCGGUGGCCCGCUCGGCGAGGUCACCGACCCGCUAUACCCCGGCGGGAGCUUCGAUCCCUUGGGCCUGGCCGAUGACCCGGAGGCUUUCGCCGAACUCAAAGUGAAGGAGAUCAAGAACGGCAGGCUGGCCAUGUUCUCCAUGUUCGGUUUCUUUGUUCAGGCUAUUGUGACCGGCAAGGGUCCGUUGGAGAACCUGGCCGACCACCUUGCGGAUCCUGUCAACAACAAUGCUUGGGCCUACGCCACCAACUUCGUGCCCGGAAAGUGAGGGAGUAUCCUUUAGGAUUUUGUUUGGAGAUUGAGAUUGCUGGUGUGAUGUACAUCAUUCCUGUGCAAUAUAGUUCUCCUUCUCCAUCACCAUGUAAUGAAUCUUCUGUUCGUCUUUUCUUUUGUCA